UCCACCAAUUACGAAUUAGUAUAUGUUCUUGCCCUUGAGUGUGAGAAGUUAUCAGUGUGUGGGCUUCACGGCCAAGUUUUAUGGUGACUAUUGGACUGCAGUAGAAAGAGCGGAAGUACUUCGUUUGUGGGUAUCAGCAUGGGGAGCAAAAUGGCUGCAGGCACCCGAGUGGUGCAAGUUGUAAAGCCUCACGUGCCUUUGAUUAAAUUUCCAGAAAGACUGGUUGGGCCUAGUCAACCCAGUGUACAGGACAAUCUGAGGUUAGUACAGCAGCAGACUCCUGCUGCCACACGCAUCUCACAGAAGCCUACAGCAGUGGUAGAAGAACUGAGACCACCACCUUUACAAAAUGUCCCCAGCAGUAGAACACUGGGUGUAGCCGACAGUGUUGAGUUGGUAAAGAAACUACCUCCUAAAUACCGAAGGAAACCAAUGGAAAAGGAUGAAAUGGAAUAUAUACAGCGUGGUGGUCCUGAGUGAUUAUUUUUCGGUGGAAUCCUUUGUAACCCUUACAAUACAAGAUGGACAUGAACUUUUCUACAUGCUUCGAAAUAAGUAUUACAGUUCUGCACCAUAUACCUUGCACUGUUGAGCAACUAAAAUGUGUGCUGACUGGAAGAAUAAAAGAAUUGUACUUAAAGAAGCCACUGCCUAUGGUAUAAUCAUUUUAAGGGACAGCUAACAGAUUGUACUGGUUGGUGUAUUUUGUGGCAUUUUCAAUUUACAACUUGCCCAACAUUUUUUGGGUGCUGAAUAGAGCUGAUUGAUCUAGCACACUUGUCUAAAGUAUAUAUAAAAUACUUGGCACUUAUUUGUAAGAUUUGUAUAUUAUAAAAUUUGAAGUAAAUAAAGUUAUUUCUGUUUUAA